AUGGAUCCAGCCAGCAAGCGCAUUAAACUCACCCCUACUCACGUGCCUACACAUGUCAUUGAUCCCCACGGUGAAGUGAUCAUAAUACUGCGCAAUGCAAAUGCCCCUUUCGCGGUGUGGAAUGAUAUAGUUAAAACCAAGCCAACUCAACCAACCGUCGACCAAACCCCACCCUCCGAUUCGCAGAAUGAAAAGGACGCGGAUUCACCAGAGAGGAUCUUCUACAUCCAGGUAUCCGCUAAGCACUUGAUGCUAGCCUCGCCCGUACUAGAGGCAACGUUGACUGGCGGUUGGAAAGAGAGUACCAAUUUACUCGAAAAAGGGUCUGCUGAGAUCGCCGCGGAGAAUUGGGAUCUUGAGGCGUUCUUGAUUUUGCUGAGGAUUAUUCACUGCCAGAACGACAAAGUACCCCAAGAGCUCAGUCUUGAGCUUUUUGCCAAAGUCACUGUUUUAACGGACUACUAUAAGUGCAAGUCAGCAGUCCUUUUUUUCGCUCGCUCCUGGGUCCGCUAUUUCGACGACCUGCCCCGUGAGUUCUCCCGAAAUGCGAUCUUGUGGCUAUGGGUUGCCUGGUAUUUCGACUUCUCACUCGAGUAUGAGCCAGUAUCAUUCGUUGUGAUGGCGAAGAGUAGUGGUUCGAUCCCUACUCUAGGUCUGCCUAUUCCGGGUAGUGUACUCGGUAUGUAA